ACACUUUGCCAGACUUCCAGGAGUUGGAGAGACUGACUGAAGACGGAACACCGACAAUUCAAAAAAAGAGAACAGCUUUCCUCUUUUACGCAUGGAUAUACUUUCUCCUCUCGAGGGAUUUCAAGGAAUUGCAAUGGAUUCCUCUGCUGGAAAUGUUGGAGACUUUUCCGGGAGAGAAAGGGCGCACGUACCCGACGCUGCUGCUGCUGCAAAGUUGUAAAAGUAGUUUCCCUUGAUUCUUCUUUUUUCCACCAGCAGCUCAGACUCGGCAUUUCUCCUUGUCUGUAGACUCACAGUCAUCAUGGCGAGGUGGGCAGGCGAGACGCCGAAUACGCGCGCUGCUUUCCGGAUUAACUACCUCUGGUUCCACGGGGGCUUGUUCGCUUUUUCGUGGAGCUUCGUGUUAAUGUGCUCGGCUCUCUCUUGUGGAUAUUGUUCAGCCGAGUCGGAGUUUUCCAUCCUGGAGGAAGCUCAAGUUUUGUCAGAGCAGAUGCAAAAGCUGUCCUCUCAGGAGCUGGGAGUCUUCACCAUGCAGAGGAUUUUCAACUCGUUCGUGUACACCGAGAAGACAUCAAACGGAGAGACAGAAGUGCAGCAGCUCGCCAAGAAGAUCCGGGAAAAGUUCAACCGCUACCUGGAUGUGGUGAACAGGAACAAACAAGUGGUGGAGGCUUCGUACACGGCUCACCUCACCUCUCCGCUCACCGCCAUACAGGACUGCUGCUCCAUCCCUGCGUCUAUGAUGGAGUUUGAUGGAAACUUCAAUACCAAUGUCUCCAAGACCAUCUGCUGUGACAGACUCUCCCCUACCGUCAACAGCCGAGCUUUCAACCCCGGACGGGACCUUAACUCAGUGCUGGCAGACAACCUGAAGUCCAAUCCAGGGAUAAAGUGGCAGUACUUCAGCUCAGAGGAGGGCAUCUUUACGGUCUUUCCUGCCCACAAAUUCCAGUGCAAAGGAAGUUACGAGCACCGCAGCAGGCCUGUGUAUGUGUCUGCAGUGCGUCCACAGUCUAAACACAUCGUGGUGAUGGUAGACCACGGAGCGUCUGUAACUGAUACCCAGCUCCAGAUCGCCAGGGACUCUGCACUGGUCAUCCUCAACUCCAUAGACGAGCAUGACAAGAUCUCCAUUUUGUCAGUAGCAGAGACUGUUCGGUCCUGUUCUCUGGAUCAGUGCUACAAGAGUCUGCUCUCUCCAGCCACCAGUGAGACCAAGAGGAAGAUGAGCACCUUCAUCUCCAACAUCAAGGCCUCUGAUGGAGCCACACAGCACGCAGCAGGCUUUCAGAAGGCCUUCCAGCUGCUUCGUAACACCAGCAGCCUCUGGAAGCAGAGCACAACCACAGACAUGGUGAUCAUCUACCUGUCGUCUGGCAUCACGUCCCGGGAUUCGUCGGAGCAAGAAAAGAGAGCGACGCUCAGCGUGGUCAGAGAGGAGAACCGACACCUCAACAACUCUGUCAUGAUCCUCACCUAUGCUCUCAUGAACGAGGGAGUAACAGGCCUGAAGGAGCUGGCCUUCCUGAGAGAUCUCGCCGAGCAGAACUCUGUGAAAUACGGCGUAGACCGAACGUUUGACCGAGACCGCUCCUUGGCGGCAUCUUCGUCAGGGUCAGGAGCUUCAAUGAUGCCGGUGGUGAAAGGCAGCAUGAUGGUGCUGAACCAGCUGAGCAACCUGGAGACAACAGUGGGCCGAUUCUACAUCAACCUUCCCAACCGAAUGAUCGACCUGGCCCGCUUCAGCCUGCCCUACUCGGACCCCAUGGGAGACGGGUUUAUUAUGACGGUGAGCCGGCCGUGUUAUUUCGGUAACCUGCUCCUGGGCGUGGUCGGGGUGGAUGUGAACUUGGCCUACAUCUUGGAGGAUGUCACCUACUACCAGGACUCGCUGGCUUCCUACACCUUCCUCAUUGACAACAAAGGGUACACCCUGAUGCAUCCAUCUCUGACACGGCCCUACCUGAUGACAGAGCCCCCCCUGCACACAGACAUCAUCCACUACGAGAAUAUCCCAGGAUUCCCUGUUGUCCGACAGAACAUCCUCGGCCUCCCUCUGGGCAGUCAAGUCAUCGCUGUGCCGGUCAACUCCUCUCUGUCCUGGCAUGCCAACCGACUCCGAGACAACAGCAAAGACACAUACAACGUCAGCUAUGCUUGGAAACUGGUUCAGGACACGUCCUUCAUCCUGUGCAUUGUGUACGUGCAGCCUGAGAUCCCAGUGAAGCAGCUGAAGAACCUGAACACAGCUCCCAGCUCCAAGCUGCUGUACCACCGUUUGGACCUGCUGGGUCAGCCCAGCUCCUGCCUGCACUUCAAACAGCUCGCCACAGUCGAGUCUCCCACAGUGAUGUUGGCAGCUGGUAGUUUCUCCUCUCCCUAUGAGCACCUCAGUCAGCCAGAAACAAAGCGCAUGGUGGAGCACUACACUGCAUACCUGAGUGACAACACCAGGCUCAUCGCCAACCCAGGCCUAAAGUCCUCUGUCAGAAACGAGGUUAUGGCAACCAGUCACGUCACGGAUGAGUGGAUGACACUAAUGGAAAUGAGUAGCCUCAACUGCUACAUUGUGCGCCGUUACAUAGCAACGCCCAGUGGGGUGCUCCGGAUUUACCCAGGAUCACUGAUGGACAAAGCUUUCGACCCGACCCGCAGACAAUGGUACCAGCAUGCUGUGGCUAACCCUGGCCUCAUCACCUUCACUGGACCAUACCUGGAUGUGGGUGGGGCAGGCUAUGUAGUCACCAUCAGCCACACCAUCCAUGCCUCCAGCUCUCAGAUGGCUCCUGGCUAUGCAGUUGCAGUGAUGGGGAUAGACUUCACCCUACGCUACUUCUAUAAAGUCCUUCUGGACCUGCUGCCCAUCUGCAACCAGGAUAAAGGCAACAAGAUCAGAUGCUUCAUAAUGGAGGACAGAGGGUACCUGGUUGCUCACCCCACACUCAUUGACCCCAAAGGUCACGCCCCUGCAGAGCAACAGCACAUCACACACAAGGAGCCGCUGGUGGCAAACGACAUCUUGAAUCAUCCCAACUUUGUCAAGAAAAACCUGUGCAACAGCUUCAGUGACCGCACCGUGCAGCGCUUCUACAAGUUCAACACCAGCAUCAUGGGGGACCUUACCAACCUGGUCCAUGGCAGCCAUUGCUCUAAGUAUCGUCUGACCCGAAUCCCCGGCACCAACGCAUUCGCUGGUAUUGUGAACGAGACGUGUGACUCUCUGGCAUUCUGCGCCUGCAGCACUGUGGACCGGCUCUGUCUCAACUGCCACAGAAUGGAGCAGAAUGAAUGUGAGUGUCCGUGUGAGUGCCCCCUGGAGGUCAACGAGUGUACUGGUAACCUCACCAAUGCUGAAAACAGGAACCCGAGUUGUGAGGUGCACCAGGAGCCAGUCAGUCUGAAUGUGAUUGAUCCCAGUCUUCACGACACCCUGCCACAGUGUAUCAACACACGCUGCAGCCAGAGAUACACCAGCAGUGACUGUUUUGGCGUGCUGGACUGUGAGUGGUGCAUGGUGGACAGUGAUGGUAAGACUCACCUGGACAAGCCUUACUGUGCCCUGCAAAAGGAGUGUUUUGGGGGCAUCGUCGGCGCCAAAAGUCCCUAUGCUGACGGCCUGGGACUCAUGGACGAGGAGGUGGCGUCUCUGAACAUGAUCAAAAGCGCACCUGUGGGCCCGGUGGCUGGAGGCAUUAUGGGAUGUAUCAUGGUGCUGGUGCUGGCUGUGUAUGCGUACAGACAUCAGAUCCACAGGCGCUCACACCAGCACAUGUCACCGCUGGCAGCACAGGAAAUGUCAGUGAGGAUGUCCAACCUGGACAACGAGCGAGAUGAGAGGGAUGAGGACAGCCAUGAGGACAGAGGAAUCAUCAGCAACACUCGAUUCAUCGCUGCGGUGAUCGAGCGGCACACUCACACUCCUGAACGCAGGCGGAGGUACUGGGGACGAUCUGGGACGGAGAGUGACCACGGCUACAGCACCAUGAGUCCACAGGAGGACAGCGAGAAUCCCCCCGGGAACAAUGACCCACUCUCCGCCGGGGUCGACGUCGGCAACCACGAUGACGACCUGGACCUCGACACGCCUCCUCAGACGGCAGCAUUGCUCAGCCACAAGUUUCACCCUUACAGACACACGCAUACACAUCAUCACCCUCUGCACACGCACACGCACCACCUGCAGGCUGCGGUCACCGUGCACAGUGUGGACGCAGAGUGCUGAUGGAACUUAUUGACUGAAGACUAUUUUAAAAAAGACGUUUGGGAACAGACGAUACUGUCAGGACGGGACAGACGGAGGGAGAGAGAGGAGCUACAGCGGGACUCGAACCCACAGCGCCACAGGGCUGCUGGGACCUCUGUCAUGCAUGGAUAGUUAACUCGAUAUGGGUAGUAGCCUCAUGGUCUCAUCGUGCCAACAUCUCCAUCUUUAAGCCUUUUUUUCCACCUGGCUCAAAAUCUGGCAUGUGUACUCAUUUUUUUUUAUACACGCUGAAAUUUACCAGACAAAGGCCAGUAGACAAAACCAAACGGGUUUCCAAAUGGGAGCAAUCUGAGACAACAUUUGAUCCCAAUCAUCGAGAACAGACACAUUUGGACGCCAUGUGGGGUGAGACACGUCUUCAUUUUCACAUGGAGGAUGGGAUCAUCACAAUGACAUGAACACUUGGAUGCUUCCAACCUUGUGGCAACAGAAGGGGAACAAGUAUGUUUGUAAAAACAUCUGGGAUGGAGAGCAAGAAACUUGUGUUUUCUAACGGACUGGGAUCUGAUAUGGGAUUCUCUUGCAGCUUUACUGUCCUCGGUCUGCAGAUGGACACUUCACUGUCCAUCCUUUCUCUUACAGUUGCUGCUGGCCUUGAGCUGUUUAGUUUAGGAAUACAUUUUGACACUUUCAUGAGUAUCCGUGUGCGUCAAAGUACAAAACAAAUCUUCAAUAAGUCACAUGAUUAUAAGAAGAAACAGUCUAAAGAGGAAAAGAUUAUUUUUCUACUAUUUAUUAAAGAGGUACAUUUACAGGACAGAUAGGACGCAGCUGACACAACGAGAGAGUAGUCAUAAUAAAUGAUGCAGAACUAACCACUUCCUUUCAGAUAUAGGACUCAUGUAUCCAGUUUGUGUUUCCCUGGAAAUCUGUGACUGGUUGUGUUUAUUUUAAACUUUGAAGAAUAGAGGUUGUAGAACAGGAUCAGAUAGAAAUGUUUAGUUUUUUCAUCACAUCGAGGGAUUCUGGUGUUUAAUCAGCAGCUUGUUUGAUCUUUCCAUUUUUAUCUUUAUUUUCAAUUACAAGAAAUAUACUCCAAGGAUUUCCUCUCCACUAUGAGAAACAUGUAUUCUAGUGGACAGCGCUUUACCAAGCAGAAAGCAAUCUAAUAUCUGAGUCAAAAUCACAUCUACUACAUUCAAAAAUUAAAAAGCAGGAACUUUCCGGUGAAUGUCACAUCAUGGAGGCUACAGAGCUGCUCCUUUUGUCUUUUCUGGGGAGAAAACAUGUAAAAAAAAAAAAAAAGCUGAUACAGGGCUAAUACUGUAAAUCGAGGCUGCGUGCUGGAUUUAUGAAAAAGAAGAAACUCAACGAGGGAGAGAUGCUGCUGUUGUCACACAGAGGUUACACCCAUCCGUUGGCUCCUCUGUGCUUAACCACUCAAAAUAUCUUUUCUACAGAGCUCUGGUUUAACUGUAAUGUGUGUGUGUGUGUGUGUGUGUGAGUGUGUUUGUGUUUGUGUGACAGAGAGAGUGAUUGUCCACCUGGAACAUUUUCAUUGAAUGCAUAAUUGUAUGGUUUUUUUAGCAUUAGAGAAUUCUAGCUGAAAUGACUUUGAUUGAGAAAUCCACUUAUGUUUUCUGAUGAAGAGACCCCAUCUUUGCUUUACAAAUCCCAUCGGCGUGGCAUCCGUCUGUUUCCAGAUGCCUUAAAUGUCUGUAGUUUCUCAGAGACUCAUUAUGAAGUGUAAAUACAGAAUCACAAAUAGCUAUUAAUGUCCUGUACACUCCAUAUUUUUUUAAGUUUAAGGACACGAUGUAAGCCUCAGAUGAUGCUCAGAUACCCUGAGUUUGAUUUUUUGAAAUGUCUGUUCAUGGUGUCUGACUGUAUUUUUGAUGCCUUGGAUGUUCUUUUAGAGUUAUUUUUUUUUAGGUCCAUAUUGGAUGGAAGUCAGUACUUUGAAUAAUGAUUACACACUUGUAUGUUUGAGAGACUUCGAGCUUUUAAAAGUUUUAUCAUGUGUCCUCCGAAUGUUAAACAAAGUUUGUCUUAUCCAUGAACUAAGGAGAGAAACGGUACAACAUCUUUUCACUGAGUAACGACCAAAACAACAGCAGUGUGGAAGAUUCAAGAUCUGUCUUUGGUCCUGUUGCUUCUUUAGACUGCUAACAACACUCAUUAACACAGUUUCAUUAUAUAUGUGACGUAAGUGGAGGAUUUACAUUUACACACCAGAAGCGUGUCAAACUUUGAGGACGACUUCUCUACAGAUGUGAAAUUGUUAAAAUAUUCCACUUAUAACAGUGAUAGUUACACCCACAGAUCAUUUCCUGUUUUAUAUCUGACCAUAGAUAAUCGACAGCUGCAUUAAUUCAUAAAUACGGAAGCUCUAGGAGAGCAGUCACUCUGUUUACCGUGAUAAUGAGUCAUUUUCAGUUAUUUUGAUCAUAUCUCGUAUUCCAGAGUUUCAAAGCAAAACAAACAGAAACAGGCUUCAGCAAAGCUCGUCAUGGCCUGACCUUUUCUAGUGACCAGUCUAUUAUCUUCUAGAUCACCAGAAACUGAUCUCGUUAUCUUGACAAAACAAGCUUUCUUAUCUUGAAGAUAACGAGAAAUGAAUCCUUAUCAUGGAGAUCUCGAGAAAGAAACUGAACUAAACUCUUUAAUACGGAAAGAGAGAGUAAAUAUGAAAGGUAUCUGCGUGUCUGAUUUGGGCUUCCGUAUGUAGCUACCUACCAAAACUCAAAGUAUCCAGUUAUUUCAAUUUCCGCUUCACAUAUCCUCAGUUCAGUCACAUUAAAGCAGUCUUGUACAAUUUCAGGGCAAUCUGUAGCUUAAAUGCAGUCCUGCGAGUGUAUUUCCACUUGAGUGAGUGAGUGAGUGAGUGAGUGAGUGGGUGAGUGAGUGGGUGAGUGGAUGAGUGUGUGUGUGCGUGCGUGCGUGCGUGUAUGUAUGUAUGUUGGGGGAAACUUUAUUCUCCAAGUUGAGUUUUACAUUGAAAUCUUAUUUUUCUGGAGAACUUUUAAACAGUAUUUACCAGCUGUUCUAAACAAGUAUAUAUGUGUGUAUACAGAACACUCUGAAUUGCAUUAAUUAAUGUACUGAAGGAACGUGUGUACAUCGACCCCCUCCUCCUGUAUCAUAUAAAGUUAUCAAAUGAGAUUUAUUGCAAUGUGAAUGUGAUAAAGUACAUUUUACACUUA